AUGGGAACCUGGCUUGUCCUUGAUAUAAUUAGUUACAUUUCAUUAGAUGUGAUAGGAAUUCCUGGCAAUCUCAUAAUUUUAUUUGCUUUUUUUCACACGUUUCACAGCCAUGGCAGAGUAACUACAGCAGAAAUUAUCCUUGGUAAGCUUGCUUUGUCAAAUUUGCUAGUGAUACUGACAUGGGGGCUUCCAAUUACCCUACAGUCUACUGGAACCUAUAUGGUAUUUGGUGACUUAACCUGCCAGAUAAGCCUUUACUUUUACUGUGUAGGAAGAGCCAUGUCUGUCAGCAUUACUUCCUUGCUAGGAUGUUUUCAGUGUAUUUCCAUUACUCCAUCAAACCGACGCUGGAUGAAUGCAAAGAAGAGGCUUCUUGACUCUCUGUUCCCAAUAAUAAUCUUUCUAUGGACUUUUAAUCUAAUCAUAAGUAGUACCCGUCUGGCCUACUCUACAGCCUCUAUCACGAAUAUUACUUCCAGAUACAUUAUGAGUUACAAGUUCUGCUUUGUGAUCUUUCCAAAUUAUCUAAUUUACUUAGGGAAUGGAGUGAUUUAUGUUGUUCGUGAUUUGUUCUUUUUGAGUCUAAUGAUGUUAUCCAGUGGAUAUCUGCUUUAUGUUUUCUAUCAGCAUGGUAAACAAGUUAAAUGUAUUCCAACCUUGCAUACCAAACAUGCUGAGAUUCGUGCCGCCAAGGCUGUCUUUACAUUAGUCAUGAUGUAUAUUGUCAGUUUUGGUCUAGACAACUUGUUUUGGAUACUUACGCUCUGUACUUUUCCACUAUCUCCCCGUUUAACUGACGCACGCAUAUUUUUUGAUUCUUGUUUCUCUGCUAUUAGCCCCAUUGUAAUUAUUUUAUCGAAUAGAAAAAUCCAAAUGGGUCUUAAAUGUUCAAAAAAGAAAACUGAACUUCAAGCGGUAAAGUCUAUUUCAAACUAUAUAGCUAGAAAGAGAUAUUAG